GCCCAGGGCCGCCUCUCCAGAUGCCGCCUCGGCCCCGCGGCGCUCCGAGGGAAUAUAUGAAGGAAGAAGUGGAGGAGGGCGCUGAAGAUGAGGCGACUGAAUCGGAAGAAGACCCUGAAUUUGAUGAAAGAAUUGGAUGCCUUUCCAAAGGUUCCUGCCAGCUAUGUAGAGACUUCAGCAAGUGGAGGCACAGUUUCUCUAAUAGCGUUUACAACUAUAGCUUUCCUGACUAUAAUGGAGUUUAUGGUGUAUCGGGACACAUGGAUGAAAUAUGAAUAUGAAGUAGACAAGGAUUUUACUAGUAAAUUAAGAAUCAAUAUUGAUAUUACGGUUGCCAUGAGGUGUCAAUAUGUGGGGGCCGAUGUUCUGGAUUUAGCAGAAACCAUGGUUGCCUCUGCAGAUGGGCUGAUCUAUGAACCAGUGAUAUUUGAUCUCAGCCCCCAACAAAGAGAGUGGCAAAGGAUGUUGCAGUUAAUUCAGAAUAGGCUGCAGGAAGAACACUCUCUUCAAGAUGUGAUAUUCAAAAGUGCUUUUAAAAGUGCUUCAACAGCACUGCCACCACGGGAGGAUAAUUCAUUACAGUCACCAGAUGCAUGCAGAAUUCAUGGUCAUCUCUAUGUCAAUAAAGUGGCAGGGAAUUUCCACAUAACUGUGGGCAAGGCAAUCCCGCACCCGCGAGGCCACGCGCACCUGGCAGCCCUCGUGAGCCACGAGUCCUAUAACUUCUCUCAUCGAAUAGACCAUUUGUCAUUUGGAGAGCUUAUUCCAGGAAUUAUCAACCCUUUGGAUGGAACAGAAAAAAUUGCCUCAGAUCACAACCAGAUGUUCCAGUACUUCAUCACAGUUGUGCCAACCAAACUCCACACAUACAAAAUUUCAGCAGAAACUCAUCAGUUUUCAGUAACAGAAAGGGAAAGGGUCAUUAACCACGCAGCCGGCAGCCACGGAGUGUCGGGAAUAUUCAUGAAAUACGACAUCAGCUCCCUCAUGGUGACAGUGACCGAAGAACACAUGCCGUUUUGGCAGUUUUUAGUGAGGCUUUGUGGCAUUAUUGGGGGGAUUUUUUCAACUACAGGAAUUUUACACGGCUUCGGAAGAUUUGUAGCAGAAGUUAUUUUUUGCCGUUUCCGACUGGGCUCUUACAGAUCCACACCAGUGCCGCUGCCGGAUGGCCACACGAGCAACCACUUACCUCCGACUGCAGCCAACAGCAGCGGCCACUAGCGCCUCCGGGAGAGCUCUCUGCUCCCUGCCUCACACACGGGACGUUUUUUAUAACAGAGACUGUUGAGCAAUAUGUUGAGACAGCGCCGAGGGGCAGCGAAACAAAUCAAGGCUCUACAAAAAAAAAGAAAACCCCAAGAAACUGAUUGUGUAACUCUGUUCUUUUAAGUUGGAGGUGGGAGGUCCUCAGACUGGYGAGAUGGGGAUGGACCUUCUGGAGAUGAAAGGAGCAGAACACRGUGUCUAUGGUCAAGCUGAAUGGCUCUGAGGGCUGCGAGGCACCGCAGCGGCUGCUCGGGGAGGUUGUUCCUGCCCUGGAAGGCAGCAGAUCCCACGGGAACAUGGAGUGGGAUGUGCGGGAGGGCUGGGCAGCAGGCAGGGCGGCAGUAAGUAAUAAGGCUGCUCUUUCCUCAUGGAGGUACCAAUGGAGGCCACGGCUUAGCUYGUCCUGCCCUUUAUAAGGGAAGCGCUAGUGUGUUCUGACAUGGAGAAAUUCGGGAAAAUCCUGGAAAAGAGCGAGGAGGGAGAGUCGCAGCCUCGGCCCCCUGAGGGCCAGCGCCGCUCGCAGGGAUCGGGGAGCCCCUGGGCGCCGGCAGCGCCACCGCGUCGCAGGGGCAGCAUUCGGCCCUUGCUGGAGGUUUUUGUAAAAGAAAAGAGCAAUAUCGGUUUUAUACUGUAAAUACACUACUGAGAACGAGUGCCACAGACRCAGAAGGUGCUUUGGGAAACUGAGGAACAGCCCUUUGUUGCUGAGCUGCUGGCGCACGGCAGUGGUUAAACAGCUACUCCACCAGGGUCCACGUUUUAAAAACAAAGUGUGGUUUCUUCUCAACAAAACCGAUUUAAUAUAUUAUAUAUAUAUAGGAAGAUAAUGCUGACUCUGGCCUUAUUCACCAUGGAAUGAAUGCUGCAACUGA